AUGAAGAGGAUGCGAGAGCCCUUUGAGAAGUCCAAGAAGGCGAAGAAAGCAAGGUUGGGAGAAUCCUCUGGGUCAAGACCUCCAAUCCCUCUGGCUGGCUCUCCAAGUAAGUCUAUACCUCUCUCUCGCUCUGUUAAAAUAAAACCUCUUGCUUCUUCUCUUCCCCAAACCACCCCUAUAUACACCACCUCUGAUACUCCUCCCUCAACCACCAUAACCUCUAACCCACCCUCACUUAAAUUUAACCUAGCUACCAUCACACUACCCGUUUCAGAAGAAGAAAUGCUGAAUGAAACCACUUCACCAUCAUUAUCACCAUCUCCACAAUCCCCACCAUACUACGAACUCUCCUCCGACACCGAACCAUCUGACCACCAAUCCCCCACUCUGGCUCAGCUACAAGCCCGUGCUCUGGCCUCUCAACAACCAUCACACUCUGAACCUAAACCAAAAGUCACUUCCCCACCUCCUGAACAUCCAAAUCCCACCACAUCUGAACUAACACCACCACCUGCACAACAACCAAUCCACUCUGAACCACAACCAACCCAACCAUCAUCUGAACCACACCCAGAACCUGAACAAACAACACAGUCACCCUCUGAUAUUGCACCACCCAUCACUUCCGCUGCCUCCAUCACUCCCACACUCAACCUCAGUGCCCCAAACUCACCCUCUCCACCCUCUGCCACUGAACUAGAAACUACCCUUCUUACCCUUGAAGAAGCAAUCCAAUUUAAUAGUGUUGGAAUGAUAUCUGAGAUGAAUAACUAUGUUGCUAGACCUCCAACAUUCAGUGGAGAUUCCAUUAAAUUUGAAUGGUGGAAAAGUAAGAUGUACACUCACAUCAUAGAUCUUGAUGAUGAGUUGUGGGACAUCUUAGAAGAUGGUAUUAACAUUCAAGUUAAUAGUGUUGGAAUGGUAUCUGAAAGGAAAUCUCUCACACCUGCUAAGAAGAAGAUAUACAAAAAAACACCAUAG